CCUCCUCUUCUUCCUCCUCCUCCUCCUCCCUUUUCUCCUCCUCCUCCUCCGCGGCUGGCGGGGCUGAGGCGGUGUCGCUCUCCAGCUCCCUGUGCUGCCGCCAUGUCUCGGAGCCCCCCCGGCAGCAAUGUGGAGGACAAGCCCUUGCUCCUGGAGUACCGAUGCCACCCACUGCGGCAGGGGCCCUCCACCUCCACCUCCACGUCUGGCAUGCGCAGCCCCGACUCGGUGCCGCUGCCGGCAGCGGGCCCCUUCCCCUUGGCCGAACCGCGCCGCAUCGUCCUCAGCACGGACAGCCCGGCUGCGCUGAAGGUGGGCACCCAGCAGCUCAUCCCCCGCAGCCUGGCCGUCUCCACCAAGACCAAGAACCCCUCGAGGCACCCGAGCACAGGGGCGGCCAGCUCUGGCCAGGAGCCCGCGUGGCCAGACCAGAAGCGGGCAUCCAUCCCCAGCAUCUCCCUGGAGGAGGAGGAGGAUGAGGAGGAUGGCCGAGGGAUGCUGAAGCGCAACCUGAGGAACAUGUCAUACCGCGCCGCCAUGAAGGGCUUGGGCACAGAGCCGGAGCCAGCGGCCGCCGUCCCCUCGCUGAAGCCAGUACUGGAGGAGGGGGGUGUCCCCCGUGCCCGCAGCCCUGGCAGGAACAAGAGAACCUUCGGGCGGAAGCGGGUGCAGAAGCGGGGCGGCUCGUUCAAGGACCAGCCCCGGCUGUACCAGGAAAUCCGCGAGCGAGGGCUGAACUCAGUCAGCCACGAGUCGGACGAGGAUUUGCUGGAGGAGCCCAUCCCCGAGGAGUCGUCCCCACCCGACAUUGCGAUCGUGGUGCAGAGCUAUCGCCCCGCGCAGGUCACCUGGAGCCAGCUGCCGGAGGUGCUGGAGGCGGGCGUCCUGGACACCAUAACCCCCGAGGAGCGCAAGCGGCAGGAGGCGAUGUUUGAGAUCAUCACAUCCGAGUACUCCUACAUGCACAGCCUGAGCGUCCUGGUGUGUCACUUCAUGAAGUCAGAGGAGCUGAAGGAGACCAUGACGCAGACGGAGCACCACCACCUCUUCUCCAACAUCAGCGACAUCCUGGCCAUCAGCACCAGCUUCUUUGAAGACUUGGAGAAACGACACCAGGAGAACCUCGUCAUGCCUGACAUCAGCGACAUCGUGGAAGAGCACGCCUCGAAGCACUUCAACCCCUACGUCAGUUACUGCUCCAACGAGGUGUACCAGCAGAGGACACUGCAGAAGCUGCUAACCACAAACCCCUUAUUUAAAGAGGCCUUGAAACAAAUUGAAAGGAAACCAGAAUGUGGAGGGCUGCCAAUGAUCUCAUUUCUCAUUCUCCCUAUGCAGAGAGUAACGCGGCUUCCCCUGCUGUUAGAUACUGUGUGUCAAAAAACAAAAGCUUGCACUGCAGCGUACGGGGCUGCCACCAGAGCUCUGAAAGCCAUCAGCAAGCUGGUGAAGAACUGCAACGAGGGAGCUCGUGCCAUGGAGAGGACAGAGCAGAUGUACACCCUGCAGAAACAGCUGGAGUUCGGAAAGAAGAAGCCUUUUCCACUGAUCUCUGCCUCCCGCUGGCUGCUGAAGCGGGGUGAGCUCUACCUGCUCUUCUCUGAGGAGGCAGGAAUCUUCCGCAAGGGCUCUGGCAGGGUUUGCUACCUCUUCCUCUUCAACGACGUCCUGAUCAUAACCAAGAAGAAAAGCGAGGAGAGCUACACCGUCAUGAACUACGCCACGCUGGACCAGGUCUCGGUGGAGAAGGUGGAGGCAGCAGAGCCACCUUCCCCCCCGCCCGGCAAGGCGGGGAGUGGGGGCAGCGCGCGCGGCGUGGCCGGGGGGCACCUGCUGCGUGUGGUGCUGGAACGGGACAGCGAGGGCAGGCGGGAGGAGGUCCUGCUGGCGGCAGACACGCUGAGCGACCGGGCGCGGUGGAUGGCAGCGCUGAUGCACAGGGAGAGGGAGCAGCCCGACACCACGCCGCGAGGAGACCUGAGCCAGGUGGAGAUAACCCGCGCCUACGUGGCUAAGCAGGCGGACGAGAUCUCUCUGCAGCAGGCAGACGUGGUGCUGGUGCUGGGCGGAGAGGACGGCUGGUGCUGGGGAGAGAGGCUGCGGGACGGCGAGAGGGGCUGGUUUCCCCAGUCCUGCGCUCGGGCCAUCACGAACCGCACAGCAGUGGAGUGCAACGUGCGGAGGAUGGAGAGGCUGCGGAUAGAGACCGACGUGUAGGAGCGGCGCCAGGGAGACGUGCCUCGGCUCUGACCAGGGGGCUUCAAACCUCCACGGGCUCAGCCCACAGCAAGAAAGAAGGGGAGAGCCUUUCUUCUCGAACUGUGCUUGCAUCGGGCGCUCACAGCUGGCAGGUUUCACGGUUGGGCCUGGUCUGCAGCUGGAGCCGCAGCGACAGCAGUUGUUAACGUGGGACCUGGCAGCCGGUGCUCCUGGCUGCCCCUCUGACAUGAACAGCCUGGAACAGGCCCCGAGAAGCAGCUGAGGUACCAGCUCAGCUGGAAAGGGCCGAGGCUGAGCCCUGGGCCUUGCGACGA